AUGGGGACGAAACACGAUGAGUUCAGCUACGUCGUUCGGGACCUUUCCUUCUUCUGUCGCAAACAAAGCCGUGCUGCUUCGACUCCAAUCGUGGCCGCUCCAACCGGCAACGCUCGCGGGGAUGACUGCUUAGUCGAGCGGCUGUCGGACGAAGUCCUGCUCAAGAUACUUGCUUACUCUAACUCCUGCACCAUCACACUUUGUAAAAUGGUCAACCGGCGCUGGAAUCGACUGGCAACCGCACUGCUGGAAACGAACUGGCCCGACUUUGGCGCUGCAGACAUGGGCUACGGGACCAUCUUAACCGCUGAAGCGAACCAGAUGCUACAAAAGAUCGCCCCCGUCGUGCGCUCCAUCAACAUCAACCAUUCAUUUCACAUCACUUUGAACGGACCAUUCCCACCAUUCAGUUGCCUUGAGGAGCUCAGCCUCGGCGAGACCUCGUUCUGCACCUUUGAGACAAUCUUCCAGAUCGUCAGCUCCAGCCAUUCAACCCUUCGUUCGCUGACUCUCGAAUAUAUUCGUAACUUGACAAAACCAUUUGCUCAACGUCUGGUGCCCUACUUGAAAAACCUACAUACCCUCACUCUGUGCUACCGCACCGAUGACUCAAAUAGCAUCGAGGGUAGUAUCAUCCUGCUCAGCGCGCCUGAGAAACCACGAAGUCUGUGCGUGCCGAUCGGGUUUUCUGCGAUCAAUGAGCCGGCUGUACAAGAGAUCUUCCGAUCGCGUCUGAAAGAUCUUGAGUAUUUUGACCUGGCUGGUGUGCCCAUCGAGCAAGAAAGUCUGCUUAGCAUCCUUUACGAUCCAACCGUGCAAGUUGACGCGAGUAUUUCGCCGUUGCCGCUGAAACUCAAAGGGCUGAGACUGGGAGCUUGCCGCCUUUUUCAUGAUGCAUCAAUAUUUGGCAGUAUAGGAGAUCGUCUGUCAAAUCUUACGUAUCUCGAUGUCUCGGGCAUCAAGAUACUUGCCUCAGACCCCAUUCGACUGGCGCAGCUGCUCUGGUCGACGCCACAAAUAAAGAAUCUUAUGGCAUCCUACAACCAAGGUUUUACCGACGACGUCCUGCUGAGUCUUCUGGACAGCUGCAGAUCUCUCGAAGCCCUAUCUUUGGACGGCAACACCGAGCUGACAGCACUGGGACUCAGUCGGUUUAUCAGAUCGGCGCCGGACAGUCUGAAGAAUCUUAACCUCGAGCAUGUGAAAGCCGUCACAGACUCUGUCGUUUUCGAAAUCCUCAAUCUGUCUCGGAAGAGGUCAUGGAAAAUGUUUUCAAAAGAUCCCAAGAAUUUUGUGUCUCGGCUCAAUAUUGAGUUCUCAGUACGCGGCUGCAGUGGUCUCACUGACGCAAUCUUAGUGCUGUACGGCUUACGAAUGUUUGAAUAUUAUCUGGUGCGGCCGGGCGAGGUAGUGGUUGGCACACAGCCGCUGUCGUCGCUACUAUGGACCAAGGAAUUCGCAGGGUUUCUGUCGACAGGAUUUGAUGAUACGAGCCAGUUCACGAGCGUAGUCGACUCGUGCUAUCCAAUCAUGUUCUCAGACUUUUUCUUCUGUCGCUCUGAUCUCGACCCUGAAGAACAUAAAACCAUGCGAAGGAGGCUGCUGAUGACGAUGGGGCGUACGUUAGUUACAAGUCCAGAGAUUUUGCCCCAUUCGUUUCCGCUAAGGGUGAGACUGCGUCAGCUGAUUAGGGAGUAUUUGCAGGCGCUUACUACAAUCAAGGACGCGCGGUUUGCUAUCUGUUAUUUCAAGACGGUAGCAUCUGAGGUCUUUCUUGAUGAAGAGGAGACGUUUGCUGAGUGUGGUGUCAAUUUGUCUGUGUAUGAUGACGAGAAAUUGGCAAACGCAGACCUCAGCAACGACGACAGCAACCCUAAUUUGAUCAACAGUUUCAUCGACCUGAGUAAUAUAUCCUCCGACACCUCCGACUCUGACUCAGAUGACGACGACGAACCAUUUUAUAGCGACGAAUCGGUUGGGAAUGAGGAAAGCGGACCAGACGACGACUUUGACUGA